GGGCGUCGUUCUGUAAACAUGUGAACCGGAAAUAAUAGUACAAGUGGUUUUAAAAAUGGCGACCGGGAGCAGGAGUGUGUUUACACUUGUUAAUGCGAUCAUAACGGUUCUUAUCAUAGAAAGUCAAUGUCGACUCCAUCAUCUCAUACUUAAGGAUGACAUCCGUCAGCGGGUCCAUCUGAACACUUUCGGCUUUUAUAAAGAUGGUUACAUGAGUAUGAGCAUGAACAGCCUCAGCUUCACUAAUGACAGGACGGACAACAUCGACAGCUCCACGAUUGGUUUUAGCCUAGAUCGUGUGAGCAAUAAUGGCUUCUCCUCAUAUCUGGACGAGGGACCUGACUACUGUCCUCUGAAAAAGGAUCCAAGUAGUAAUUUUGCAGGGGUGCUUCUCUUGCUGGACUUCAAAAAUAACUUAGUGAGGAAGAAGACUUCAGCUGAGGCUGGUGUGUUUCCUAACAUCAUACCUGUGGUGCCCAAAAACACUGCGGAGGAACUGCAAGCUGAAAAGGGGCAAGAUCUCCAAGACAAGGGGCCAGAUGAUGAAUCUCAGUCUAAGACAGGUUCUAAAUCCAAGCGAGAUGUUGAGUCCCUCCAGAACAAAGCAGAAGACAUCUAUCCUCUUCAGAAUGAAGGCAAAAUCUACUCAUUUCAGUUUUACUUCAAUGUCACAACAGAUGAGCUUCAAGGCCUUUAUAACUUUUAUUUCUACAACUGCUACUACAUGCCAAAAAACCAGGACAGCUCAAUGUCAGACAUGCUGCCUUUCAGCAUUGAUAUCAACAUCGAGGAGAAGAAUCCAGAAAGCUUUCUCUCAGCCGGAGAGAUUCCUUUACCUAAGCUUUACAUCUGCAUGUCCAUGUUCUUCUUCCUCAUCGGCACGCUGUGGAUUCAUGUUUUGCGUACCCACAGUUCUGAUGUUUACAAGAUUCAUUGGCUGAUGGCUGCUCUUCCAUUCACAAAGUCACUUUCCCUUAUUUUCCAUGCAAUUGAUUACUACUACAUUUCCAAUCAGGGCUUUCCUAUUGAAGCCUGGGCUGUGGUCUAUUACAUUACUCACUUGCUGAAGGGGGCGCUGUUGUUCAUCACUAUAGCAUUAAUAGGAACUGGUUGGGCUUUUGUCAAGCAUAUCCUCUCAGAUAAAGACAAAAAGAUCUUCAUGAUCGUCAUUCCCCUGCAGGUUCUGGCCAAUGUGGCAUACAUCAUUAUUGAGUCAACAGAGGAGGGCUCCAGCGAGUAUGGUCUGUGGAUGGAGAUCCUGUUUCUGGUAGAUCUGCUGUGCUGCGGGGCUAUUCUCUUCCCAGUUGUCUGGUCCAUAAGACAUUUACAAGAGGCAUCAACAACAGAUGGGAAAGCUGCCAUCAAUCUGGCUCAACUUAAACUUUUUAGGCACUACUAUGUGAUGAUUGUGUGCUAUAUUUAUUUCACCCGCAUCAUUGCCAGUCUCAUCAAGGUCAUUGUUCCUUUCCAAUGGAAGUGGCUCUACCAGCUGUUGGAUGAGCUGGCCACUCUGACCUUCUUCUUCCUAACCGGACACAAGUUCCGGCCGGCCUCCUACAACCCCUACCUACUGUUGUCUGUGGAGGAUGAAGACAUGGAGAUGGACGAUGUGGUAACUACCUCCACAGCCAUUGGAGAGGGCGUUAAGAAAGUGAAGAAACUCUCAAACGGACCAUCAGAGGAGAGAGAGAGCAUUGCAUGAUACAAAAAAAAAAAGUUCUCUGCCGGUUCUGUGUCCCUCUGGACUUUGUGGCCAACUACUGACAUGGGCAAUAUUCUUGAAGAAGAGCUUAAUGGCUUUAUGUGCAGAACUCCCAGUGGACAUUCUCUCAUGAUCACAGGUGAAGACACCGCAUUCCAUAUUCAUAUAUAGUUCUAUCUCUGUAAAUGUUGCACAGACAGUAUGGAGAAUUCACAUUCCUUCACUCCAUGAUUCCUUUUUCCACUGUAAUUGAUGUGCUUGGUGCCGUGCUUUUUCAUUUAACCUUGAUUGUGUUU